GGCUCCGGAAACAAAGCGAGAGUGGAUGUGCAUCUGCUUCCGGCCCCAGACGCCAUUUGCAGCGGUUGCGGCUUCUCACGGGGAGUACUUUUCCCGAACAAUGAGCUAUGACUACCAUCAGAACUGGGGCUGCGAUGGCGGUUCUUGCAGCUCCAAUGGUGGGUAUGGAAGGGGCCACGGAGGGAGUCGAGGCCCCGGAGGCGGCGGCGGCGGAGGUGGUCGAGGUGGACGGGGCCGGCAUCCCGGGCACUUGAAAGGCCGCGACAUUGGCUUGUGGUACGCGAAAAAACAGACACAGAAGAACAAGGAGGCGGAGAGGAAGGAGAGAGCGGUAGUACACAUGGAUGAACGACGAGAAGAGCAAAUUACACACCUGCUGAAUUCUGUCCAAACUAAAAAUGAUAAAGAUUCAGAAGCACAGAUAUCCUGGUUUGCCCCAGAGGAUCAUGGAUACGGAACUGAAGUUUCCAAUGAGAACAAAUCAACCUCAGAGAAAAAACUUGACAACCAAGAAAAGAAAUUGAUAAACCAGGAAAAAACGAGAUUGAAAAUCCGGGACAGAUCAUAUAUUGAUAGACAUGCUGAAUAUCUUUUGCAAGACAAUGAACCAGAUGUAACCUUAGACCAACAAUUAUUGGAAGAUUUACAGAAGAAAAAAAAAGAUCUUCAGUAUAUUGAAAUGCAGUGUUUCAGAGAAAAGCUUCCUUCAUACGGAAUGCAAAAGGAGUUGGUAGAUUUAAUUGAUAAACACCAGGUAACAGUAAUAAGUGGUGAAACUGGUUGUGGAAAAACCACUCAAGUUACUCAGUUCAUUUUGGAUAACUACAUUGAAAGAGGAAAAGGAUCUGUAUGCAGAAUAGUUUGUACUCAGCCAAGAAGAAUUAGUGCCAUUUCAGUUGCAGAAAGAGUGGCUGCAGAAAGGGCAGAAUCUUGUGGCAAUGGUAAUAGUACCGGGUACCAAAUUCGUCUCCAGAGUCGGUUGCCAAGAAAACAGGGUUCUAUCUUAUACUGCACAACAGGAAUCAUCCUUCAGUGGCUCCAGUCAGACCCGCAUUUGUCUAGCGUUAGUCAUAUCAUACUUGAUGAAAUCCAUGAAAGAAAUCUACAGUCAGAUGUUUUAAUGACUGUUACUAAAGAUCUUCUCAAUUCUCGCCCUGACCUGAAAGUAAUAUUGAUGAGUGCAACAUUGAAUGCUGAGAAAUUUUCAGAAUACUUUGGUAACUGUCCAAUGAUACAUAUACCUGGUUUUACUUUUCCGGUUGUAGAAUAUCUUUUGGAAGAUAUAAUUGAAAAAAUAAGAUAUGUUCCAGAACAAAAGGAACACAGAUCCCAAUAUAAGAGGGGUUUCAUGCAAGGGCAUGUAAAUAGACCAGAAAAAGAAGAAAAAGAAGCAAUCUAUAAAGAACGUUGGCCAGAUUAUUUGAGGGAGCUGCGAAGACGGUAUUCUGCCAGUACUAUAGAUGUUUUGAAAAUGAUGGAUGAUGAUAAAGUCGAUUUGAAUUUGAUUGCUGCCCUAAUCCAGUACAUUGUUUUAGAAGAAGAGGAGGGUGCAAUACUGGUCUUUCUGCCAGGCUGGGAUAAUAUCAGUACUUUACAUGAUCUUUUGAUGUCACAAGUGAUGUUUAAGUCAGAUAAAUUUAUCAUCAUACCAUUACAUUCACUGAUGCCUACAGUAAAUCAGACACAGGUAUUUAAAAGAACUCCUCCUGGUGUUCGGAAAAUAGUAAUUGCCACCAACAUCGCAGAGACUAGCAUUACCAUAGAUGAUGUAGUUUUUGUGAUAGAUGGAGGAAAAAUUAAAGAGACACACUUCGAUACUCAGAACAACAUCAGUACGAUGUCUGCUGAGUGGGUUAGUAAAGCUAAUGCCAAACAGAGGAAAGGUCGAGCUGGAAGAGUUCAACCUGGUCAUUGCUAUCAUCUGUAUAAUGGUCUUAGAGCAAGUCUUCUAGAUGACUAUCAACUACCAGAAAUUUUGAGAACUCCUUUGGAAGAACUUUGUUUGCAAAUAAAGAUUUUAAGGCUAGGUGGAAUUGCUUAUUUUCUGAGUAGAUUAAUGGAUCCACCGUCAAAUGAGGCUGUGUUGCUCUCCAUAAGACACCUGAUGGAACUGAAUGCUUUGGAUAAACAAGAAGAAUUGACACCUCUUGGAGUCCACUUAGCACGAUUACCAGUUGAACCACAUAUUGGGAAAAUGAUUCUUUUUGGAGCUCUUUUCUGUUGCUUAGACCCGGUACUCACUAUUGCUGCUAGUCUUAGCUUCAAAGAUCCUUUUGUUAUUCCAUUGGGAAAAGAAAAGAUUGCAGAUGCAAGAAGAAAGGAAUUAGCAAAGGAAACUAGAAGUGAUCACCUGACAGUUGUGAAUGCGUUUGAGGGAUGGGAAGAAGCUAAACGACGGGGUUUCAGAUAUGAAAAAGACUAUUGCUGGGAAUAUUUUCUGUCUUCAAACACACUGCAGAUGCUGCAUAACAUGAAAGGACAGUUUGCUGAGCAUCUUCUUGGAGCUGGAUUUGUAAGCAGUAAAAAUCCUAAAGAUCCAAAAGCUAAUAUAAAUUCAGAUAAUGAGAAGAUAAUUAAAGCUGUCAUCUGUGCUGGUUUAUAUCCCAAAGUUGCUAAAAUCCGACUGAAUUUGAGUAAAAAAAGAAAAAUGGUGAAAGUUCACACAAAACCAGAUGGCCUGGUUUCUAUUCAUCCUAAGUCCGUUAAUGUGGAGCAAACAGACUUUAAUUACAACUGGCUUAUCUAUCACUUGAAGAUGAGAACAAGUAGUAUAUACUUGUACGACUGCACAGAAGUUUCCCCAUAUUGUCUCUUGUUCUUUGGAGGUGAUAUUUCCAUCCAAAAGGAUAAUGAUCAGGAGACUAUUGCUGUAGAUGAAUGGAUUAUAUUUCAGUCUCCAGAAAGAAUUGCCCAUCUCGUUAAGAAAUUAAGAAAAGAACUGGAUACCCUUCUUCAAGAGAAGAUCGAAAGCCCUCAGCCUGUAGACUGGAAAGAAACUAAAUCCAGAGACUGUGCAGUCCUGUCAGCUAUUAUAGACUUGAUCAAAACACAGGAAAAGGCAACUCCCAGGAACUUUCCACCAUGAUUCCAGGGUGGAUAUUGUAGCUGACAGCUCCUCUGUGGUGGUCUAAAAAGCCAAUUUGUCAGCCAUUUUUCUCAGUUUAAGUUUUGGCUAAAUACCAAACCUUGAGACAUGAUUAAUUUUAAAAUGUAAGGUAAAAACCUUUAGUACAUAGUAAAGAUUUAAUGUGCAUGACUUACCAGUUUUGUCUGUAGCUAUUAUAAAUGUACUAUAAAAAGCAAUAUGUUGUCUGAUUCCAUCCCCUUGUGGUCAUGUUCAUACUUUGCGAGUAUUUGUUACAUGUUUUGAGUGUUGUACCACUGAAAAAUUCCUUUGUUCUUUUAACACAAAGUUAAUUUUCUGCCCAUAAUCAUUAAGUAUAAAAUCUAAAAACAAAAUGGUUAGCCAAAAAACAGUGUUAAGAAUUGCAAGGCAACUUUUUUUUAAAAAAAAAAAACUUAAACCAGAAUUAAAUUGUAAUAAAGCCCUAUAUUUAAUAAAAUGUACAGUGUGUAAAUCUCUUGAUAAUUUCGUGGCUUGGUUUCUACAUCUUCCCCUCUCUAUUUGAUGUUUUUACUAUUUAAAUAUGUGCGUACCCCUCUUUAUUGCCCUGUGCCGCACAAAGUAGCAUCUAAGCAUGAAUCUGGAGUCUGAUUACCUAAGCUCCAGGUUCCACUUAGUCACUUAUGUCUUGGGCAAGUCACUUGGCUUCUCUCUGUUCUUUUUUCCUUAUCUAAAAUACAGAUAAAAAUUGGGGGGAUUAAAUGUUAGUACAUGUAAAGUAGAUAGACUAGUGCCUGUUACUGAAUCUCACUGAAUCUUCUUUGUACCUGAAAUUUUUUUAAAUGUGUAAUUGUUGUAUUAUUUUUGUUCAGCCCUUUACCUUCUUAGCCAGUGGAAGUCAGUGUGACACAUGUACUGUGUGUUUUCAGCCCUAUCAAAUUGUGACAAAUACUGUUGGUUGCUUUCCAACAGCCAUUUUAAUCCUUCUUGCUGUCUUGUUUCUUGUAUCCCCACCUCUGCCCAACCUUGUGUCCAAGAAUGUUUGAGCCUCGGCCCCAAGGGUAAUCCAGCUGUUAGGAGCCAAUUAUGUGGUCCUUGUCUCUUUAUUUCAUUUAUUUAUUUAUUUUUUUGGUACCAGGUCGGGACCUUGCACUUGCAAGGCAAGCACCGGAACCACUGAGCUAAAUCCCCAGCCCUGCUCUUUAUCCCUUAAAAAGUUAAGAAUGGGGUCGGGGAUUUAGCUUCAUGGUUCUGCUCCUGCCUCACAAGCUCAAGGUCCCGAGUUCUGUCCCCAGUACCAAAAAAAAAAAAGUAGUGAGGAGUGAGUACAUGAAUGAAUCUCCUUGCCAAUGGCAACUGACUGAAGCAAUCUGCAAGGGGAUGUCUGAGAAGGACUUUCCUUAGUAAUAGACUUAAAGGAGGAAACUGCUCUCUUUGUUGUCUUGUCUGAUCUGGUACUUGGAAUUUCUGUAUCUAGUUAUGAUCACAAGAGAACAUAGAACCAUAGCUUGAGGAUGGCUCAGUGAAAAGAUAGAACUGUCCAGAGUCCUUGAUAAUGCUGGAGAACUGCAGAAUUAACCAACUGUACAACUGCCAUACAUGUGGAUUUAUUUUACUAUGUUCUUCAUUGUUUAAAACACUUUUUAAUGUAGCAGAGAUGAUAUUAACUAAAAUAUACUGUCCAAGUAAUUGCUCAAGCCUCUUUCUACCCCUUUGUUAUAUAGCAGUGUGGAGCCUUACUGUCUAAAAGUGUGAAAGUAGUACUGGACAUAGUGCAAAACGCAACAGGAAUUGCAUCCUGCUAUAUACCCUAAGAAACGCAAAUUUUAUUUUGCCUUCCAAUAAAUGUGAGGAAAUCAAAGGAAUUAGAGCAUCAUACAAUGAUUGGGAUGUAUUGAUGAUGCUACAAUGAUCUGUUAACUGCACUGGUUCUGGUACUGCUUCCACUUCCAGGAAUGUGUCAUCUGUCACUGCCAACCAAGAUUUUAAGUGUAGUAUUUGUCCUAUGUCUGUUCUCUUGCCGGUCUCCCAAAAGUGAUCUUCACCAAAUUAUUGCAUUGAGGCAUGUCACAACAUUGUAACCUAUUAAUUUUGCCCCUUAAGUCAAGAUUACCAUCAGAUCCUAUUUGCUCUAAAACAGUGUUUAGGUUUGUGCUUUUUUUUUCUUCUUGCUUUUUAUUAUCCAGUUUAAAUUCAUAGUCAUUUGGCCUAAAUGGAAGAUUCUUUCUUGGAAGAAUUUAAAGAUUUCUUCAGAAAAGAAAAAAGAUUGCUUGGUUUUGUGUUUGCAAUGGGAUCAUAUGAAUGGGAGAAGUGUUCCUGAAGACUUCAUAAAUGAGGUAUCCACAGAGAUUAGUUACUUUUAUUUCUAUCUGCUCUACUCCUGAUCAAAAUGAAAAAUUAAUUGAAGGUGCUAUUUGUUUCUUUUGUUUAUAAAAUAGGAAUUGCUAAAUGGAAAAUAUACUCCAAGUCUAAAAACUAGUCUUGUUUUAAAGAAUAAGACAUU